AUGUCCUCGACCCCGUUCCGCCUGGCGGCUGCGCUGCUGGCGCUCAGCGCCUGGGCUGCCCCGUCCCUGGCCGCCGGCCCGCAAGUGACCUUCGCGGCCACCCCGAAUCCGGCGCAGCAGGGCGGCGUGGUCGACAUCGACGUGCUGGUUUCGCAGGUCACCGACCUGUACGCCUACCAGUUCUCGAUCACUUUCGACGCGAGCCUGCUGCAGGUCAGCAGCCUGUCGAUGGGCAGCUUCCUGUCGGCGGGCGGCACCACCCUGGGCGACACCGGCACCGUCGACAACACCGCCGGCACCAUCACCUUCGCCUACAACACGCUCAUCGGCGCCCUGCCCGGUGUGAGCGGCAGCGGCACACUGCUGACGCUGCACAUGAACGCCAUCGGCACCGGCACGAGCGCCCUCGGCUUCGUGCCGGCGGACACGCUGUUCGUGGACAGCAACCUCGCGACGAUCGGCCUGACGACCGUCGACAGCAGCGUGCAGGUCGCCACCGCCGUGCCGGAGCCCGAGACCUACCUCAUGCUCGCCGCGGGCCUGGCCGGCCUCGGGCUUGGCAAGACGUUGAACCAGGUCUUCCAGGCCAGCAACCUUCGCGCGCAUCCCGGCCAACUACACCGCACGUGGUCGCGGCGUUUGCGCAGCCCAACUUCACGCUGGGGCGGCAUGGCGGCCAACAACUGGUCGGGCACCGGCAUCAACUUCAACGGCCGACCGUCGGACAUCAAGGCCGCCAUCGACGUGCUGCACGCCCGCAACAUCAAGGUGAUCCUGGCCGUGGGCGGCGCCACCUACAACAGCUGGAGCACGCUGUCGGCCGAAGGCCAUGCGGGCAGCGGCCCGACGAUCACCGCACUGGCCAACCUGAUGAAGGACGUGGGCUUCGACGGGCUGGACGUGGACUUCGAGAUCGAAGGGCUGGAUGCCUAUGCCGGCGCCGUGAAGGCGAUGCGCAAGGCGGUCGACCUGGCCGGCGGCGGGCGCAUCCUGAGCGUGGCGGCCUGGUCUACGGGGGCGGACUGCACCGGCGCCACGGCCAACGACCCGCAUACCGCAAGCUCUUCCCGAGCAGCACCAUCGUGUCGAUCGGCUUCGAGACCGCGCCGGAAGGCUGGUCCGGCGGGCAAGCUGGUGGUCAACAACGCCGACGCGCAGUGCACCGGCUCGGUCAUCCUGCAGAACAGCUACGGCGUCAACAUCAACCAGCCCUACUCCGUGGAGCGCUACCUGAACGCCGUGACGACGAGCACGCUGGCCAACCGGAACCCGCGUGACGGCGCCAUGCUGUGGCAGGCGCUCAAGACCGCCACCGGCAACUGCGGCAGCGCGCCGCUGGCCUCGCCGGGCAGCAUCGGCAAGAAGGCGGCCAGCAGCCUGGAACCUGGUGGACGACCCGGCGCUGCAGAACGCGCCCUGGAAGUGAUGUCUCCUCGGGCCUGA